CACCGGUCGGCACUGAUACACGGCCCAAUAAUUCAGGAAUCAUGGAAGCAACACAAGGGCAAUACGGUCCAGAAAUCCAAAAUUAAAGCUCGGAAAUGGCAAAAGCCAUGGCAGGCAGGCAGGCAGCAGCGACCAGUCUCAUCCCACUUCCCACUUCCCACUUCCCAGUGAGCUCACUGUACGCUCCCCAUUGGCUCUAGCAGCAGCGGCAUCCAAUUCCGAGGAAAGCGAAGCCGCGCAGACUCCACCAGCAUUGUCGCUGUAUUCUCACAGCAGCCCUCGCCGUGGCUGCCCUGGACCUUCCUGCGCGAGAGAAGGGCGUUCUUGCGAUUUAGGUUCAGGAGGAAGUGGGUAAGAGGAAAAGAAGAAGGAGGCUGGGAGCUUCAGAGCUUCAGAGCUUGGGCCUAAGGCGUAGGCGCUCAUGGCGGCGGCGCGCGGUGGGCUGGCGCGGUUGCUGGCAGCGGCGGCUGUCUGCGUUCUGUGGGCGGCCGCCGCGGAGGCUAGGUCGCCGGCGGCGAGGGUGCACCGGCACCUGAAGCGGCUCAACAAGCCGGCCGUUAAGAGCAUCGAGAGCCCAGACUGGGACAUCAUCGACUGCGUGCACAUCUCACAUCAACCGGCCUUCGAUCACCCUCUCCUCAAGAAUCACACUCUCCAGUUGAGACCGGCCUUCCACCCAGAAGGCUUGUAUGAUGAUACUAAGAGCAGCCUGGCCUCAGGCGAAGCUGGUGAGAAGCCGAUGCUCCAGCUGUGGCAUCAGAAUGGGAGAUGCCAGGAGGGCACGGUCCCAAUCAGGAGAACUAAGAAGGAUGACCUGCUCCGGGCGAGCUCGAUGCGGCGGUAUGGCAGGAAACAGCAUACAACCCCGAACCCGUUGUCCGUGGAUCUUAGCAUGCUCAACGAGGGUGGCCACCAACAUGCAAUAGCGUACGUCGAGGGGGAAAAGUACUAUGGUGCGAGGGCCACCAUUAAUGUCUGGGAGCCCAAAAUCCAGCAGCCAAACGAGUUCAGUUUAUCCCAGCUAUGGAUCCUGGGGGGAUCAUUCGGAGCGGAUCUGAACAGCAUCGAGGCUGGGUGGCAGGUUAGCCCAGACCUCUACGGAGACAAUAACACUAGGCUCUUCACAUACUGGACCAGUGAUGCAUACCAAGCAACAGGGUGCUACAACAUACUGUGCUCAGGGUUCAUUCAGAUCAACAGCGAGAUCGCAAUGGGGGCGAGCAUCUUCCCGAUCUCGAACCUAGCUGGUUCCCAGUAUGAUAUCAGUAUUCUUAUCUGGAAGGACCCAAAAGAAGGGAACUGGUGGAUGCAGUUCGGCAAGGAAUAUGUCCUCGGCUACUGGCCAUCCUUCCUCUUCUCCUACCUCGCUGACAGCGCGUCGAUGAUCGAGUGGGGCGGGGAGGUAGUGAACUCAGAGCCCAACGGCGCGCACACGUCGACGCAGAUGGGCAGCGGGCGGUUUCCAGAGGAAGGGUUCGGUAAGGCGAGCUACUUCAAGAACAUCCAGGUGGUGGACAGCACCAACCAGCUCAAGGCCCCCAAGGGGGUCGGCACGUUCACCGAGCAGUCCAAUUGUUACGAUGUGCAGGACGGCAACAAUGGCGACUGGGGCACAUACUUCUACUAUGGUGGCCCUGGCAAAAACUCGAACUGCCCAUGACCUGUUAACUGCUAUCAGCAUGAGCAGAUUUCAUGUGACCAACCAUUCAUGUGUGCAAUAUAGCUUCUACUUCUCCUUUAGCCCUAACUAGGUAGUUUGUAACAUGUGCAUGUGUGAUGUCCUAGUGUUCUCAUUUUCGCCCCUUAUCUUCCUCUCUAAUAUGCCAUGUAAGUUUCUGAAGAGAAGCAUGGCGUUGGGUGGUGAGUCUGAAAUGCAGUUAGCCAAUUAUCCGUAGCCGGAUCCCAGGAUUAUCUACCACUCGUGUUGAUUUUAGACUCCAUUAUAAGAACGGGAUUCAAGAGAGGUUGACAUGGCAGCCCUGAGAUAAAUUUGUUGAAAA